UCUAUACAGAACCAGAUCACGACUGCAUCCUCCCAACACUCAACUCUUCUACUCUUUCAUUCUUCACCUCCAAAUCUACACUUCACUCUCCUUUCAUCAAAAUUCCUUCCGUCACCGUCACCGUCACCGUCACCGUCACCGGAAAACACACACUCACACUAAUCACAAAAUUAAUCUAAUCUAAUCUAAUGUUGGCACCGUCAUCAUCAUCAAUAAUAAUGUCAUUAUUAACAAAACAAAAAUUACUCUUAAUCUUAUCAGCCCUAACCCUAAUUACAUUCACUUAUAUCUCAUUAUCUCCUACUUUUAUUAAGACCUGUUCUUUUCCACCUCCCACAACCACUUCAUUUUCUCAGGGUGAUGUGAAAUUGGAAUUAGGUAGUGAGUUUAGUGAUGUGUAUCAUACACCUCAAGUGUUUAAGUUAAAUUAUGCUGAAAUGGAGAAGAGGUUUAAGGUUUAUAUUUAUCCGGACGGCGAUCCGAAAACGUUUUAUCAGACGCCGAGGAAGUUGACUGGGAAGUAUGCUAGUGAAGGUUAUUUUUUUCAGAAUAUUAGAGAGAGUAGGUUUAGGACGGAUGAUCCGGAUGAAGCGGAUUUGUUUUUUAUUCCGAUUUCGUGUCAUAAGAUGCGUGGAAAGGGAACUUCAUAUGAAAACAUGACUAUAAUAGUACAGAAUUAUGUGGAUGGUUUGAUUUCAAAGUAUCCAUACUGGAACAGAACCCUGGGUGCAGAUCAUUUUUUUGUCACAUGCCAUGAUGUUGGCGUGAGGGCAACUGAGGGACUUCCACUUCUUGUAAAGAAUUCCAUACGAGCUGUGUGUUCCCCUAGUUAUGAUGUUGGAUUUAUUCCUCACAAAGAUAUUGCUCUUCCUCAAGUGCUGCAGCCCUUUGCUCUUCCACGCGGUGGAGAUGACAUUGAAAACAGGACUACACUUGGUUUCUGGGCGGGUCAUAGGAACUCCAAGAUUCGAGUGAUUUUGGCACGCACAUGGGAGAAUGACACAGAACUUGACAUUUCAAACAACAGAAUAAAUAGAGCUACCGGGCAUCUUGUAUAUCAAAAGAGGUUUUAUAGAACCAAAUUCUGUAUCUGCCCUGGUGGUUCACAGGUGAACAGUGCCCGUAUUGCAGAUUCAAUCCAUUAUGGGUGUAUUCCAGUUAUUCUGUCCAACUACUAUGAUCUGCCAUUCAAUGACAUUCUUGAUUGGGGGAAAUUUGCGGUCAUACUUAAGGAAAAAGAUGUUUAUGACUUGAAGCAAAUCCUCAAGGACAUAUCCAAUGAACAAUUUGUCACCCUUCACAACAACUUAGUAAAGAUUCAGAAGCACUUCCAAUGGAACACACCUCCCAUCCCGUAUGAUGCUUUCCAUAUGGUCAUGUACGAUCUGUGGUUACGCCAUUCUGUCAUCAAAUACUGAACCAGAAGUUGGGCAAGUCAGGUUUGCUCUUCAUACAGGCUCCAAUUUGUUGUUUUUAGAUUACUGUACACAUUUUUUCAUUUUUUUUUACUGGUGAUAGUAGUACCAGCAGGCUCAUGUCUCUUUCUAAUCCCUUUGUAAAGUAAACUACGGUUUGUCAAAUAUGGUACUUGAUCA